AUGUCUCUCGAGCCCGUUAAGGUCGCAGAUAGUGAAAUGUUGGUUGAUGAGUACGAACAGUUCCAACAUGAUAGGACCGAUGAUGUCGUUGUCUCGCAAUCCGGCUCCGAGGAGCCAGACGCAGAACCCUCCGCGGAUGACUUCCCGGCUAUGAUGGCUCGCGUCCUCCCGAAAGACCCAGAUCUCGAAACCGCAGACGAAACUUGGAAUACAUGGUCAAUCAAGAACUGGCGGAAACUGGACAAGAAGGAGCAUGGGCCUAUCUUCCAGUGUGGAGGAUUCCCAUGGCGAAUUCUUUUCUUUCCUUACGGAAACCACGUCGAACAUGCUUCCUUCUACCUAGAGCACGCAUGGGGCGAAGAGGUCCCAGAGAAUUGGUACGCCUGCGUACAAUUCGCACUGGUUCUAUGGAAUCCGAACGACCCAACGAUUCAAAUAACCCACACUGCGACUCAUAGAUUCAACCAAGACGAGGGUGACUGGGGUUUCACGCGAUUCGCCGAGCUGCGCAGACUAUUCCAUCUGCAAUUUGAGGGGCGCGGUGUCCCUCUUGUUCAGAAUGACGAGGCUAAUGUUACCGCUUACGUGCGUGUUGUCAAAGAUCCCACGGGUGUUUUAUGGCACAGUUUUCAGAACUACGACUCCAAGAAAGAAACGGGCAUGGUCGGAUUGAAGAACCAGGGAGCGACGUGCUAUCUCAACUCACUUUUGCAAUCAUUAUAUUUCACGAAUGCCUUCCGAAAGGCCGUUUAUCAAAUCCCCACGGAGGAUGAGGCAUCGAGAGAAAACAGUGCAUGGACCCUGCAGAGGUUGUUCAAUAACCUCCAAACCAGCGAAUUGUCUGUUUCGACGACAGAGCUUACGGCAUCGUUUGGUUGGGAGUCGAGGCAGAUUUUCGAACAGCAAGACGUUCAAGAAUUGUCUCGAAAGCUGAUGGAGAGAUUAGAGGAGAAGAUGAAAGGAACUCCGGCAGAGAAGGCACUUCCUGAAUUGUUUGUCGGGAAAUCAAAAACAUAUAUCUCUUGCGUUAAUGUUCCAUACGAGUCAUCCCGGAUAGAAGACUUCUGGGAUAUCCAGCUCAACGUCAGAAACAACAAGACUCUUGACGACAGUUUCCGGGACUAUAUUCAGGUGGAAAGGCUAGAAGGAGACAACAAAUACGAUGCGGGCGCACCAUACGGCUUGCAAGAUGCCGAUAAGGGUGAAAUAUUCGAGAGCUUCCCUCCUGUGCUGCAUUUACACCUGAAGCGGUUUGAAUACGACAUUCACCGAGAUGCCAUGAUGAAGAUCAAUGAUCGUCAUGCAUUCCCGAUGGAGUUCGAUGCCGCUCCGUAUCUAUCAAAGGAUGCCGACAAAUCUGAGUCGUGGACCUACCAACUACACGGUGUCUUGGUCCAUAGCGGUGAUCUGAAUGCGGGUCACUACUUUGCUUUCUUGAAGCCCACUCGAGACGGAUUCUGGUACCGCUUUGACGACGACCGCGUGACCCGAGCGACAGAUAAGGAAGUCCUAGAAGAAAACUAUGGUGGCGAAUAUGAAUUACCGAACGGUGCAGUCGGAGUGAGACAGCCAUACACCCGGGGACUGUCAACCAAACGAUCGACGAAUGCGUACAUGUUGGUGUACGUCCGCAAGUCAAAACUGGAUGAAGUUCUCCUUCCCAUAACGCAGGAUGAUGUGCCGUCUCACAUUGAAAAACGGCUUGUCGAGGAGCGUGCCGACAUAGCGCGCAGGAGAAAGGAGAGAGAAGAGGCUCACUUGUACACCACGGUUUCGGUAAUAUCUGAUGAGACUUUCAGAUGUCAUCAAGGCUUUGAUCUGACUAGCUUUGACCGGCCGCUUGUUCAAGAGGCGCUUCCGAAGGAGUAUAGGAUUUUGAAGACCACGAAGGUUGGCGAAUUUGCGGAACUGAUCGCACAGGAGAAAAAGCUCAACCCACUCCAGCUUCGAUUCUGGGUCAUGGUCAAUCGCCAGAACAAGACAAUGCGCCCUGAUCAAGUCAUUAUGGACACAGGAAUGACAGUGGACGAAGCAUAUAGCAAAUAUGCCACCAAGGGCAACAUGUUCAAAGUAUGGCUGGAGGUUGCGCAACCGUCCCCCGAUGGGACAGUCUCUUUCCCGGAUCCUGCUACGCACGUGCUUGUUUUUUUGAAGAGUUUUGAUGUACCAACACAGACCCUGACUGGAGUUGGCGCGGUGUACGUGCGCAAGAACCAGAAGGUUGGAGAGCUGGCGUCUACAAUACUCGCGCUGAUGAACUGGCCAGCUGGCACGGAUCUUCUCCUUUACGAGGAGAUCAAGCCCACCAUGAUCGAUCUCAUGAAGCCCAAGCAAACGUUCCAGCAAUCGGAAAUCCAGGAUGGUGACAUUAUCACAUUCCAGAAGGUCGUCAAGGAAUCAGAAUUGCCUCCGAACGCAAUCUACCAGGAUGCCAAACAAUACUACGAUUAUCUUGUUAACCGGGUCACUAUCAAUUUCGGCCCCGUCAAGUCGGACGGAAACGACACUUUCAAUCUCGUACUUAGCAAAAAGAUGACCUAUGAUCAGAUUGCGAAGAAGGUCGGCGAGUACCUAGGUGUGGAGCAUACGCACUUGCGGUUUUCAGCGAUCAUGCAUAGUAAUGGGCGAGCCAAAGGAUACAUCAAACGGAACCCUAAUCAAAACGCCCAGACUCUGUGGAGCAUGUUAGGCGGGCAGUUGCCUGGCUAUGGUGCCAGUAUGAUCCGGCCAGACGCUAUGUACUAUGAGGUGUUGGAAACAAGCUUGAGCGAUUUCGAGUCAAAGGUCUGCCUCCGCCUGACAUGGCUUUCCGAGGGCAUCACUAAAGAGCAAACCGUGGAGGUUCUGGUGCCCCGAGAUGGGACGAUUCAAGACGUUCUCGCUGGCUUGCAGAAGAAGGCAAAUCUGGACGACGACACUAUCAGCAAAGCGCGCGUUUAUGAGGUUCAUAAUUUCAGGAUCUAUAAGGAGUUCGCGCCAGAAGCCAAAUUUGGUGGCUCCAGUGACUUUGUGUCACUGUACGCGGAAAGAGUGCCUGAUGAGGAGUUGGAGCUGGAGAGUGGCGCGCGGGUCAUCAACGCAUUCAACUUUGACAAGGAAACCAACAAGCCACACGGCGUGCCUUUCAAGUUUGUCAUGAAACCGGGUGAGAUCUUCAAAGAGACCAAGGAACGGCUCUCGAAGCGGACAGGCCUGAAGGGCAAGCGAUUAGAGAAGAUCAAGUUUGCUGUGGUUCCCCGCCAGCUUUACUCAACACCGCACUAUCUUCAAGAUGACGACAUACUGGCAGAUAUAAUUGGUGACUCCGAUGACAUGCUGGGCCUGGACCACCCGAGCAAGAAACAGAGCUUUUGGAACAAGAGCGAGUCCUUUUUCAUCAGAUAG